AUGGACGGUCGGAAGAAGAAAAGAAAGGUCCUCUUGAUGGGUAAGAGUGGCUCGGGGAAGUCGUCUAUGCGGUCAAUUAUAUUCAGCAAUUAUGUUGCGAAGGAUGUACGGCGGCUUGGGGCAACAAUUGAUGUGGAGCAUAGUCAUGUCAAGUUCAUGGGGAACCUCACGUUGAAUCUCUGGGAUUGUGGAGGACAAGACGCCUUUAUGGAAACCUACCUCGCCUCGCAGCGCGGGAACAUCUUCUCCGACGUCGCAGUCCUCAUCUACGUCUUCGAUAUCGAGUCGCGUGAGGUCGAACGGGACCUGGAUACAUAUAGUGCGAUAAUAACAGCACUACGAGAAUACAGCCCACAUGCCUACGUCUUCUGCCUAGUACACAAGCUCGACCUCAUCCAAGCCGAGCACCGCCAACGGAUAUACGACGAACGCUCCGCCCUGAUCCGAAGCCGCACGGAACACUUUACAAUUGACACCUUCGGCAGCAGCAUCUGGGACCAGUCUCUGUACAAAGCUUGGGCGGGGAUAGUCCACAAACUCAUCCCCAAUCUCACCGUCAUUGAACGGUUCCUGCAAGCCUUUGCGAAGCGCAUCGACGCAGAGGAAGUCAUCCUCUUCGAGCGCUCCACCUUCCUUACCGUCACCUCGGUCUCGUCGGAAAUCGGCGACCUGAACCCCAUCUACGACCGUCAUGAGCGGUUAUCAAAUAUUAUGAAGGCGUUCAAGCACUGCGCUGCUCGGAACACGCACACGACUCCGGCGUCAGCUGGGUUCAUCGUCAUGCACACGAAAACUCCGCAGUUCAACGUCUUCCUCGGCCGCUUCACAGAUAACACAUACAUCUUCGUUGUCGUGCCUCCAGGCGAGGCAGCGUACAAUUGCGCCGUGCUCAACACGAUGCUCGCCCGCGAAGGGUUCUCGAAGGCCGCAGGCGCCACCCACGGAGACGGCUUUCCGCUCCCCAUGCCUAAUUCCCCAGACGCCGACUCGAAUAGCAACUAG